AUGGUGUCAGGAACACCUUCCCAUUGUUGGGAGACAAGUGAGACGCGAUGCCUACUCUUUGAUGGGGAGAUCGUGCGAGGGCAGCUGCUCUCGGAGCUCUCACUGCUGGCUGUGGCCGUGGGCGACAACACACGCCACACGGCGGUGCCCCCCGAGCCAUUCACGUUGCGUCUCAUUAUGCAUUUCAUGGAAGUUGCUUCCAGGUAUCCCAUGGUGGGUACACUUCUGCUGGACUGCCCGCGGCGCCUGGACGAAGUCAUGGAAGAGGAGUUGAUGCAUUGGCUCCGCGAAGAAAGUGCCCUUAUAUUUUUUUCAGGCGAGCGGAACGACGCGUCCCAGAGUCUUUGUCAUCAUGCUUUUUCAGGAAAUCCAGCGCCGACGGACGUUGCUCUAGGCAGUGACAGUGGAUGCCCCAUAUGUAUGUGGAUUGGUCAGUGGCCGCAUGGUUUUUGGGAGGCAGUGGAAAAGGGAACCGUGAAGAUACUUGUCCGCUGCGCACUGAGCGCAUUUCCCAGUUGUCUCCCACCCCACACGCGACGCUCGCCUUUCCAGCGACCGCGUGAUGCGGCAAUAGGAGCGGGACAGUGGAUUCAUGUUAAUGGAUACGUCACAGCUGUGUUUUUUCUCCAUCGCGAAUUCGCCUACCCGGCACCCGUGCUGGAAUUUCAACCGUUGCUUUCCAACUGCAACGGGAUGAUCGGGCAAUCGCCGCUUUUGCUGGAUCUCUCGCUCCUGCCGGUCGCUGAGGCGCGCGCCGUGGCUGUUGUUGGGGAACGCAUCCAAGUGGUGGGUCUCCUGGAAUUGGCUUGUAGCAACAUGGGCACGGUGCUUUACUCUAGACGUCGUCAUACUGCCGCUGCUGCCACCUCAUUUUCAUCUUCCUUGUUCCCUUCGUCUGGACAGAUUCUCAUUGAAGCACGUGCCGUUCGUACUGCUAAUUUUGCUUCGCAUUGGUCAAAAGAUCCGUUGACGGCAACGACGACUUCCACAUCGUCUCCUUUUUUUCCGCAGGAGGUGAAUGGUGUUUUUUCGGUAAACGAGGAGUGGGAGGCGGCGGCAUUUCUUCAGGCGCGAUGCAGUUGGGAGACUGUGGCCGGGGCAGCUGCCUUUGCACUAGCGAAGGGGACGGGCGGGAUUCUCCAGAAACAAAAACCGAAUGGUCCAUGUCGAAUGGAAGCACUUUUGGCGGCUUCAGGAGCGUUUGCCCUACCCACGGCGCUCUGGGCAGUUGUGGGCAUUGCUCUUACCUCGGCGACAGCAAAUGUCGGUUCCAUUGUAGCCUCUGUUGUGGGACCGUCGGAUAGUCUUUCUGUCCUGCAAACGUUUUUGUUGGAGUUGGCUGCUGAAACAAAUAUGGUGGUGCCUCUUGUGCACGGUCUGGAGGGUGCGCUCCUCCCGGCAUAUACCAGUGUAGCAGCUUCUCAAGUGAACAUCCCUAUCCCUGUUGAAGUUGGACGCCGCAUCGAGUGUGUGCGUGGGGGAUUGCUCAACAUGGCCCAUCAACGUGUUUUAUUUGCACCCUCAUUGCAUACCCUUACAACUUCUGCCUUGCAUGCAGUGCAAGGCGUUCUCAAGCAAAAUGAGCAUGUUGUGGUGCGUGAAGGGGGCCAGCGCGUGGGGUGCAGAGCUGCAGGGGCUUUUAUCGGAAUAACACAGGAAUCGAUGUUGGUGCAGGAUCGUCAGCUUUUUUGUUUUAUGGAGCGGGGGGACGUUGUCCUUCACCUGCCCACCAACACCACCUCCUGCUCUGUGGAGGAUGACCAUGUUGCGAUCCUUGAGUUGCUCCUUAACAAUGUGGAGUGGGGGGAGAGAUCUGAGAUGGUAGCAAUUGACCACAUCAAUCGCUGCAAAAGUCAAUGGCUGAUGUGCUGUGAAUGGGCACUACAUCCAUUUGUGGAUGAGCCUAGCGUACCACAGAUCACUACCGCGUGUGCGGCGCUGCUUCGUUCUUUUUUCUUCACGGCUAAAGCAAACUGCGCCGAGGCUGUGGAUGCCGGUAUGAUGACAGCCUUGGCGAAACUCACAUGUGCCCAUGCACUGCUUCGUCAGAGAGCACAUCAUGGAGGAACAUGUGGGAACAUUCAAAAAACAGCUUCAUCCGCUUGUGUCUGCGGUGUGAAAAUGAGAGAACACUCUGAAUCCACUGCACUUGUCGAUGCGGUGGUGGCGAUAGCACUCUGUGAUGCUUCCUUGAAGUUUAUCGCAGAUGUGUCGCUGAUGGGAAAGUCAUUUACUUUUGAUUUGAUGGUAAUUGACACCCAAUUUGACGUCCUACAUUUUUCCAAGGAACUUUAUGCACAUCUGCUCUCCCACAUGCCAACACCUCCGAUGUGA